AGCUUUCACUGUCUCGCGAGGAGACGCGCGGACGUUAAGAUGUCGCGCGCCCUCUGACGCCAUAGAGCUGCGCCGCGCGGACGUCACAGCGCUGCGCCGCGUUUCCGGCGAGUAGCUAGGGCUUCCGGUUGUGUAGAGCGACCGCAGCUCCCUCCCUUCCCCGCCUGGCUGCGGGGCCCUAGGGAGGCUUCGGGCAAUGGCGCUGUUGCCUCCCGGAACCCUCUCCUGACACCUUCGCCGCCCGGGGCAUGUGGACCGUCUUGGGUCCGGGCUGGGGGCGCGGGCAUGCGCUCGCGCUGUGGGCCGCGCGCCGGCGCCUGCCGGGGCCUCGACCUGCGCCAACCCGCGAGCCCGCAGCCAGGCGCUUCAGCUCCGCGGACCUCAAGGAAAAACUUGACAUGUCUGGAUUUCCUGUUGAAAAUACCAGAAAUUUCAGUAUUAUUGCACAUGUGGAUCAUGGCAAAAGUACUUUAGCAGACAGGCUCUUAGAACUAACAGGGACAAUUGAUAAAACAAAGAAUAAUAAGCAGGUUCUUGAUAAAUUGCAAGUGGAACGGGAAAGAGGAAUCACUGUUAAAGCACAGACAGCAUCUCUUUUUUACAAUUGUGAAGGAAAACAAUACCUUUUAAAUCUCAUUGAUACACCAGGCCAUGUUGAUUUUAGUUAUGAAGUGUCCAGGUCACUUUCUGCUUGCCAGGGUGUUCUACUUGUGGUUGAUGCAAAUGAGGGUAUUCAAGCCCAAACCGUAGCAAACUUCUUUCUUGCCUUUGAAGCACAGCUGUCAGUAAUUCCAGUUAUAAACAAGAUAGAUUUGAAGAAUGCUGAUCCUGAAAGGGUUGAAAAACAAAUUGAAAAAGUGUUUGAUAUUCCAAGUGAUGAAUGUAUCAAGAUUUCUGCUAAACUUGGAACAAAUGUUGAAAGUGUUCUUCAGGCAGUUAUUGAAAGAAUACCCCCUCCUAAAGUGCAUCGCAAAAAUCCCCUGAGAGCUCUGGUAUUUGACUCCACCUUUGACCAGUACAGAGGUGUGAUAGCCAAUGUGGCGUUAUUUGAUGGAGUGGUUUCCAAAGGAGAUAAAAUUGUAUCUGCACAUACGCAAAAGACAUAUGAAGUUAACGAAGUAGGAAUUUUGAAUCCUAAUGAACAGUCAACUCAGAAAUUAUAUGCAGGACAGGUGGGCUAUCUGAUUGCUGGGAUGAAAGAUGUCACUGAAGCACAAAUAGGAGAUACAUUAUAUUUACAUAAACAACCAGUGGAGCCCUUGCCUGGGUUUAAAUCAGCGAAACCAAUGGUAUUUGCAGGAAUGUACCCUAUAGACCAGUCUGAAUACAACAACCUGAAGAGUGCCAUAGAGAAACUGACCUUGAAUGACUCCAGUGUGACAGUCCAUCGGGACAGUAGCCUUGCCCUUGGUGCAGGCUGGAGGUUGGGAUUUCUUGGACUUUUGCAUAUGGAAGUUUUCAACCAGCGACUAGAGCAAGAAUAUAAUGCAUCUGUUAUUUUGACAACACCUACUGUUCCAUAUAAGGCUGUUCUUUCAUCAGCAAAAUUGAUAAAGGAAUAUAGGGAAAAAGAAAUUACAAUCAUCAAUCCCGCACAAUUCCCUGAUAAAUCAAAAGUAACAGAAUAUUUGGAGCCAGUUGUUUUGGGCACUAUUAUCACGCCAGAUGAAUACACUGGAAAAAUAAUGAUGCUUUGCCAGGCUCGAAGAGCAGUUCAGAAGAAUAUGAUGUUUAUUGAUGAAAAUAGGGUUAUGCUUAAAUAUCUCUUCCCUUUGAAUGAAAUUGUGGUAGAUUUUUAUGAUUCUUUGAAGUCCCUAUCUUCUGGAUAUGCUAGUUUUGAUUAUGAAGAUGCAGGCUACCAGACUGCAGAACUUGUAAAAAUGGAUGUUCUACUGAAUGGAAACAUUGUAGAGGAAUUAGUAACUGUCGUACACAAAGACAAAGCACACUUGGUCGGCAAAAGCAUAUGUGAGCGGCUAAAGGAUUCUCUUCCUAGACAGCUGUUUGAGAUAGCAAUUCAAGCUGCUAUUGGAAACAAAAUCAUUGCGAGAGAAACUGUGAAACCCUAUAGGAAAAAUGUUUUGGCAAAAUGUUAUGGUGGUGAUAUUACUCGAAAAAUGAAACUUUUGAAGAGACAAGCAGAAGGAAAAAAAAGACUGAGGAAAAUUGGCAACAUUGAAGUUCCAAAAGAAGCUUUUAUAAAAGUUCUAAAAACACAAUCUGAUAAAUAAAUAAUUGUUGGGAAAAUAUAAAGAAUUUUCAUAAAUUAAAAACUAUCUUUUUUAUAGCAACUUAUUAUAUGCUGACACUCGAAUGAAAAUUAUAAAAUUUGCUUGUUACUUUCAGGGUUUUCAGGUUUUAAUAAUCUGUCUUUUCUUUGAAUGGGCAUAGAAGUGGGUGGGUAAGAGUUUGGAUUAAGCCAUAUUACCUAGUUUUAAAUUUCUGUGCCAGCCACUCACUAGUAAGGUGUACUUGACCAAAUUACUUAACCCUUUGUUUCCUCUUUUUAAGUAAAACUGAGAUUAUACUACUAC